AUGGUACGCCCAAAUAUGACCUACGACAUAGAAACACAUGCGGAAUCAGAGAACCAAACAGAAGCUCAGAACGAUAGAAUCUUCAACGUCUUUGAGGGACCUGUGGCUCUCAGUCAAGAGAUCAAUCCUGGAGGAGCAAGUGGCAAUAUCCAAACCAUGCUGAUCAAUGGUUUGAGAAUGGGUGGCCAAAGUAUCGUUGUGGCGAAGUAUUUCAGACGAGUGCUUCUCGAGAAUAUAAUAGGAAAUCACAGAAUUUCACUCUCUUGGGCCGAUAAGAGAGGCUUAAAUACAGACAGGGUAGGCCACGGAAGAGAGAAGAUACUCAGGAAUUAUCGAACAUAUAUGUAUACAUAUAACAACGCUACAGCAAACGUUAGAGUAUCCAUAGAUCAGAGCACUGAUAAGUUUGAUGUCGAUCGAGGGGUAAGACAAGGCGACACUCUUUCACCUAAAUUGUUUGUUGCGUUGAUGGAGAGCAUGUUGAAGAGAGUGGACUGGGGUACAACAGGAGUGAACAUCGAUGGUGAGCAGAUAGGCCAUCUCUGCUUUGCGGAUGAUAUUGUGCUUAUAACCAACAACAUACGAAAAGCACAAUACAUGUUAGAUAUGCAAAACGAUGUCUCAGAAAAAUUCGGUUUGAAAAUGAAUCUAUCAAAAACUCAGUACAUGACAAACUUGGUACUGAGCAGCCCUCUAAAAGUUAAUAACAUCAACUUAGAACAAAUGCAUAUAUAA